AUGAGCGGCGCGCUGGGCCGCUGGCGGGCGCGGCGCUGCCUGCGCCUGGCCGGGCCGCGGCGGUGGCUGGCGCGGCGGCGGGGCCCGGAGGGCGCGGCGGGCGCGGAUCCGGAGGGCGGGGGGGCCAUCCCCUUCUCCGCCAGCAAGGCCAGCCCGCGGGCGUGGAGCGUCAGCCGGUCUAUGGGGAGCGACCACGAGAGGCCGUGGGUGAAGGUGCUGCCUGUCAGCCUGCUGUGCGCUGGGCUGUUGCUGUGGUGCGUGUUCAGGGAAAAAACGGAGAUUGAUGAGCGGCUGGAAGCGGUUUUCUCCGGUCAGGUCGUGGACUCUCUAGACGGGGCCCAAAAAAGCGAUGUUCCCUUGCGACCGCAGAAGGAGAAAUGAGGACGGGAGUGCGGCUGCAGCGAAGGAGCUGCCAAAAGUUUGCUGGCAUUCACCUGGUUAAAAACUGUACUGAGACUUCAACGGGAAAACUUGUUUUUCCAGCCUGGCGGCAGCCUUAUCUUCCAGGCUUGAUUCCUUCAUGUAUCGCGGCUGCUUUCUGUGCUGGUCUUAGCUGAGUAAUUUACACUGGUAGCGCAAGGAGUAGUUUCUUCCUGCGUUGCACAGUAGGGAUGAACAGGAUGUAUUGCAAAUCAGCUUGCAUUUGAAGAUACGUUUUACACAACCCAUCUCUUUUCCAUGGAUCAUUUUUCUUAGAUGCACAAUGUAUUAAAAUGUCGAAGCCGUAAGUCUGUAAAAUUGCUGCUGAAGGUGACCUUCAUUUGACAUUUUGCUAGUCACAGAGUAUGUUCAACUUAAAGUGAAGACAACUGUAAGUGUGUGAUUAAUAUGUGAUUCUUUGUGUUUUGAUUUUUUUGGUAAUUCUACUAAAUAACGUAGAAAUUACCUUCUUCAACCCUUAAUGCAUAGUCGGUGUUUGCUUUCCGGACUAGAACUUUUUAGGCAUGCCUGAUUUACAUUACUGGUAGGAGAGGUUUUUGCAGGGAAUCGAAGUGAUUGGCUUGCAUUAUAUUGGGGAGGAAACCCCUAGUUUCAUUGAACAACGUAGUGUCUAGUUUUUCCUACAAAUUCAUAGAUAUUCAAGCUUGCACACUCUGGAGACUUUUCUUGGAGAGGAAGAAUCUAAGCUACUAAUACAACUUAGUUCUCUUCAAAGUUACAGGCAUUUUUGUUAAGCUUUCAGAUGUAAAAAUGCAAAACUGUUUUUGUGCCAUUAGAAUUCCUAAUUAAAAACAAAACCAAAACAAAACCCAAAACAAAAACCUCAAUGUGGCAGCAGCUAGUAAGACAGGCUGGAGCUACAGAGAAAACUGACUUGGCAUCAUGUUUGUCCAGUACUGCUGAUUAGUCUCUGAACAACAUGCACCACUGUGGCUUUUGAUUUUGCCGUAGGGUCCCUGUAGUUUAACCAGAUGAUGCCUAGUAAAUGAGUACAGUUGGUUUGGUGCUGUCAUAAGGUUUAAUUUGUCUUGGGAUUCAACUUCUACAGUAGAAUGUUGCAAGUGAGAUACACGCAUGGGGGCAUCCUGGCAAAUAAAAGUGUGAUCCUGGAUUUUAUUUAUAUUGACCUAAGGUGUAAUGCCUGUUUCUCUGACUGGCUUUCUUUCUCCGUGUUCUGUUAAAACAAUAAACCCAGCAACGUACUGCUUUGUUUAAGGAAAUAACAAGCUGACCCUUCAUGUGUGCCUUAUUUUCAGGUGACGUGAUAGGUGUUUAAUAAAGAAUCUCUACCUGUAGAACUA